CCUCUACUAGGUACGUACUCAGAGUAGCUACCUGGGCCAGUGUACCGAGGUCCAGGAGAUGUUCAGCUACAAUAUUUACCUACCCAGGUGUAUAUGAAGAUCUACGAUCUUCGGUGUGCAGGAUGCCGAGGCUGGUGAUCAGUGUUGGCGUGGUAUCUUGAAUAACCUCUUGAGCACUUCUCUGUGAGAAUUGAGAAUUGCUUGCUUUCAGUUUAAUAUUGAUUCGCCUUUUUCUACCCGUCGCCGCUUCGUGAAACCUGCCUCGAGUACCAAUAUCAUGGCAGAUCAAAAACCCCCUAAAGUGCUUUUAUUUGAUAUCGGCGGUGUUUGUGUCGUCUCACCCUUUCAGUCAAUCCUGGACUAUGAGCUUAGCCUUGGGAUUCCUCCCGGUUGGGUCAACUAUUCUAUAUCUAAAACGGCGCCAAAUGGCUUCUGGCACCGACUCGAGCGCGGAGAGAUCCUCUUGGACGAUGCCUUCUAUGCUGGUUUCAACGAGGACUUACAUAAUGCCGAGAGGUGGACUGCGUUUUACAAGGCGCAGGCAGCGAAGGAUUUGAGCAGGCCGCAACAUGUCCCUGAUGUUCCGAAGAUGGACGGACGUUGGCUUUUCAACGACAUGAUGACUGCUUCCAUGGCCCCUGAUCCGUGGAUGUAUCCAGCCCUACAGCGAUUAAAGGAGAAUGGUCACUUCAUUCUUGCCGCUAUGAGUAAUACUGUCAUCUUUCCCAAGGGCCACCCGCUCUUUCGCGAUGAUUUCUAUGACGACCCGGUUCGAAGUCUAUUUGAUGUCUUUGUGUCAUCGGCUCACGUAGGGCUACGAAAGCCAGAUCCUCGCAUUUACAAAUAUACACUACAAGAAGUCGACAGAUUCGCGCGAGCUAAUGCUUCCUCGGAGAAAGGCCAGUCGCGUGGAUGGAUGGAUGGGGUGACUGCAGCUGAGGUGGUAUUUCUCGACGACAUUGGGGAAAACCUUAAGGGUGGUCGCAACAUAGGAUUCCGUACCAUCAAAGUCCCACUGGGCAAAGCUUUUGAGGCUGUAGAUGAGCUCGAAGCUAUCACUGGCCUCCAAUUAGCUGGAGACCACCCUAGAAUACCGCUCAAACCUAAGCUAAACAAGCCAAUAGCGAAGAUAUGAUGAAAUAGACUUGAACUUGACUUUACUAGCUAGGCAGUAUUGCAGUGCUACAUUCUAAUUCUACUUUUUCAUCCACCUAUUGAUAUAGCCUGCUGUUGUAGUUAAGCAAGUCUCAUCGCAAC